UGAAAGGCCCGCAGAGCCAGGACAUCAUAGCUGUGUUCCUGACCACGCUAUUUCUCCAGCUGGUGAGAUCCCAAGGCACAGAAGCAGGAUUUGAGCUGUGUUCUUUGACAGCAGCCCUCAAAAAUGAGCGAGGAGAGAGUGAUAUACUUGGAGCUAAAAUUACCCUAUUCGGGGAAACAGAAGGACAAAAGACGUCCGAUGGAUAAAAGGAGAGAAUUUCCAUGGUAUACGGUUGCAUUAACCCUAGGAGUUAUAUGUUUUUUCCUCCUGCUGGCAAUCUCAGGCUUAGGAUCUAUGUUUUUUCAGAAGUGUUUUGCACACACAAUGCUAGAUAUGAACAAUACAAAAGAAAAAAGUGUUUCCUUAGGAGAGGCUGAAGAUCACUCUAUUUUACCACCUUUUACAGAUAAAGACUAUGACUCAUUUCAAGAAAAUUGGUACUGCUGUGGAAAAAGCUGUUACUAUUUUUCAAAAGAAGAGAAAACUUGGGAGAGGAGUAAGAAGUCAUGUGAAGACCUGAGUUCUAGUCUCAUUAAGAUUGAUAAUAAAGAGGAGCAGGGAUUUCCAGCAAAGUUUAAUGGAUGUAAAAUGUGGACACCUCAAGUCAUCGCGUAUUUUUACUGCUGAUUGUAGUAAACUUUUUCAUUACAUUUGUGAAAAAGUUCACCGGCCCUGAUUAUUAAAAGAAUUACUGUCA